GGAUGUAAAACUUCUAGUGGCACGGGUGAAGAGUUGGAACUCGCAUGAGGACAACAUCUGUUUGUAAGCUGAGUAGGAGGAAUAAUGGGUGUCUGUGGUUCGAAAGCAUCCCGUCAGAUAAUCCAGGUGAGGAAGAAAAACCUCCGCCGCCGCCACAAGAGACACCAUGGAAAGGUAUCAAGUGCUCUUACAGAAGGAAAAAGGAAAAAGAAUGGAGAUGGAGGAGGGGGUAGCAGAGUUCAAGAUAUUGGUGUGAGUGAGUUUGUUCACACAACUGUAAGAAGCAAACUGUCUGAUUUGUCGCAAUUGCACCGUAGCAGCCACAUUGAUACUAAUGUAUUUUCUCAAGAAGAAGCAUGGUUCGAUACAGUCAGCAUUUUGGAUCAUGACUCAGAUGAUGAUGACUUCUGUAGUGUUCAUGGAGAUUAUCUUCCUUAUGCGCCGGGUGGACAUGUCAUUUAGUAUGAGACUUUGUCUUGUUUUGUAGACAACAAAU